UUCACGUUCAAUCGGUUUCAUCGAAAUCAAACUGAUAUUAUUAUGUAGUAAAGCUAUAUUUUCUAAGCAAAAAAGUAAUCAACAGGAAAAAAUCAAUAUAAUGGUGCAAAAGAAUAACUGGGAGCCCGCACGGGCUUUCUACGCAGAAAGCGAGAUGGCGAAAAGAAAUAUCAGACACAUGACUUUCACGCCGUCAUACGAGCAGGUGAAGCCCCAAAUGGAACUGAUACUAUCCUGGCACUAUGGUCGCCAGUGGCUGGAGGAACGUGAUACCCACAAGAUGGAGACCGAGAAGAAGGUAAAGAAGGAGACCAACUUCAUUCCACCCAAUUAUACUAGUUGGCUUGAAAGACGAAGGCUUAAAAAGACUAGGCAGCAGCUGCUCAGAUCUUGAUGUUUUAUUUAUGUUCAUUAGGUUGUCCAGUUUUUGAAUAUGUACUUUUGCAAAAAUUG